AUGACGACAAACCACAGGCCUACAUUAGAAAGCAAAAAGGGAAAGAAUAUAACCAUACGGGACUCUAUAGUGCAUGCUCGAUCUUUCCCACAACUGCAGAACCUAAAAGUAAGAUCAGAUAUACCUCCGCAAACUUUGGACAAGGCUGUCAAGGAGUUGAGGGAUGGAAACAAAACUAGUGGUGAUGGCUGUACAACAAGAGAUUCUUCGGCUAACGUGGAUGAUAUAAGUGACGGCGAUGAAUGUGACGCAUAUCUGAGAGCAUAUACUGUUGGACUUGAAAACCCAAUUAACAGUAAGAAGAGGAUACGAGAGAAGAAUGACGAUAUAGAGGAAAGCAGCAAAGUUGAAUCUUCCGCGAAGGAAUCAUUUACGAUUGAUGAACCAGAGUUGAAGAAAUCUCGAGUGGAUACUAAAUCCGUCAUCGUCAGUGAAGCUCAUGAUGAAUCAAGUGAUGAUGAUGAUGAUGAUGAUGACGACGACGACGACGAUGAAGAGGAUACUGAUGCUUUGAUCGCUGAAAUAAACAAGAUAAGACAAGACAAAACCAUGCAAAGUCUAACUCCUGUGUCAAGCACUCAAGCAACAGAUUUGGACCGGUUGCUAUAUCACCAAGAACCAACUUCAAAAAAGAGUGGAUGGAGAAGACUGGCUAAGAAAUUCAAUGAAAGGAAACAUGACCUGAAAUCGAACUUUACUACUGACUCGCAAAAUUCGCAAUUUCAUCAAGAUUUCUUAUCAAAGUACAUCAAGUGA